AGAACAGUGCCACCAUAGUGGGAAGGCACGAUUUCAGGACGCGGGCCGUCACAAGGCACUGGUCUCCAUCUGAAGUCUCUUCUCUGGAUUUACCCAUCCGCGGGCCCGCUUCCAAUGCUCCAUAGCCCACUUCUGCCUGAGUCCCAGAGUACCAGGGACCCCUGAAGUCAGGGUCUUCCUUGCGAAACGCGGCGAGCCCGGCCACUGGGCAGGGAGACUCUUCCGAUGAGGCGUAAGGUACCCGGGCGGCCAUCGCUCGCACGACAGCGCAGUUGAACCCGGAGCACUCAUGCUUGCUUAGGUGCGCAGAGCAUAUGUAACAGCCCGGGACGUGUCGGUCCUCAAAAGCACAUUCCUCCUCCACGCAGUGGCUCACCCACUGCGGGUCAUCUAUCAGUUCUUGGUGACAAGAGUUCAUCUGUCCUGGAUUAUGUUUACCUUAUUAGUGUCCUGAUUGCCCUCUUCCUACUCCUCUUCUCCUACUCUUUCGCUUCCCUUCUUCUUCUUUUUGUCUUCAAUUUGUACUUCUUGCCUUCUUCUCUUGCCUCCUGUGCUACUGUUGUUUUUUUUCUAUGUUGUCUUUCUUAGCUGAGACCUAGACUCCAAUAUCAAUCCUAAGACUUGUUUUUAAUUUGAUUUUUUUUUGUUUGUUUUUCAGGCGAGCAGGGGGCAGAGUGCCGACUUAAUCUUGGUGGACGAAGUGGGCUUUGUGAACUCCAAAGUGCUCCUGGCCGUCCUUCCCAACAUCGCAUUUAGAGGUCGAAAACAAGUGCACAUCACCAGCCAUGUCAGCCACACGCCAUGGCUAAACAAGGUGGCCGAUAUCCGCGACGACCGGGGAGGCCCCGCUUACCACGUAGUGUCUCAGAGUUUCAAGUGCAAGUACCACGAGAGGGAUCCCGGGCUCACUUGCUGCUGCCUCGGUGUCUACUGCCCGCAGCACAUAUCAGUGGAUGGGCACCUGAAGGAGCUCAUGAACAUGGUCGUGCCGAAGGGUUUCGAGAGCGAGGUCACAGGCAGCAGCAGCACCUCGUCCGAGGACCGCAAGAGCGACACGACCAUUCCGUUCGAAGCCUCUGUCAUCAACAGGUUCCUGUCCAACAACUGCUCGGCCCUUGAAGACGUCGCCCGGUCGAACGUGACCAGGGCUUACUUGUGUCUGGACCCUACGUUUGGGGGAGGCUCUAAGUCGUGUGCCGGAGUGUGUUGCGCCGUGGAGAUCGCAGGCGGAAAGCUGGUGAUCAUGUCCUUGGACGAGCUUGAGAUCCGGGAUCUAGAUCAAGUCACCAGGGUGUACGCAGCCCUUUUGAGCGCCCACGUCAGGCUGUUGAAAGUCCUUUUGCCCGGAACCCACUGGAAAGAGGUGCCGGUGGUGGUGGUGUUUGAGCAAAACACCUACGUGAAUGCGUUGGCCGACCUGAAGGAGCUGCUAGAACACGCUCUGGUGCGCUCUGGUUUCAAGGUGCUUUUUUACAGAAAGUGGUCCCAUGUGAACUCCAGGUACAUGCUGGGGAAACACGUCAGCGCCAAGACAAAACUGGCCAUGGUGCUCAGCGCAGUGUCGGCCAUAGAGAGGGACACUCUGGGCUACUGUGAGUGCGUCAUGUCCCUCGGCUGGGCCGUGCUGGCAGAGGCCGUCCGAAAAGGCAGGGCCGUGGAAGCGGCCUUGGGCGUCUCUCGGGGUGCCGGCUCCAGCACGAGGACGGGCUCCUCAAUGGCCGUGCACAUGUACAAGAGGUCCCGCAGUGGAAUAAACUUGGCCACGGACACGACCGCCCGAGCUCUAGAGGCUCGAGAUACAAUCGGCCUGCCGGACAGCAGGCUGGCCGACAGGUUGCACGCAGAGCACGGGAAGCGACUCUUGGGAAAGCUGAGGGAAGAGAUGGCCGCCGUUGUGAUAUCGGAGUCGGCCAAGGGCGGCGGAGGGACCGUAGUCACUGGAGGCAAGAAGUCUGUGGGAGGCGAGUACACCAGGGAUGACAUGCUCUCUGCGUUUCUGCUUCUCUGCCACACCAGAGAUGAAAUUCAUUGUGGAGAAAGAUCUGUCAGAAUAUCAGGAGAGGUUUACUGCACGUGAAUUACCACUGCCCCCUGGUAUUACGCUGUGCAUGUUGUAUUGUUUCUUCUUUCACUCCAAUAAAACAACAUGGACAUGAGAGCAAACGCUCAACCUUGUGGUGUUGCUGUCUUUUUUUUUUUU